AUGUCAUUAUUCAAAAGACACGCCGGUCACGAUCAUGGAGCUACAAGUUCCACUGAAGCUUCUUCAACUAUGCAUAUGGCUAUGGAUAUGGCGUCAUCAACAAUGGAUAUGAUGAUGUCUGAAACAUCUGAUGCUAUGGAUUCAAUGGAUUCAACUCAUUCAAUGGAUUCUGAUAUGUCAAUGACAAUGUAUUUUCAAAAAUCAUAUAAGGAUAUUCCAGUUGUUUUUGAAAAUUUAAAAGCCAAUACUGGUGGUAAAGCUUUUGGUAUAUUCAUCUUACUUUUAUUCCUUGGUAUUGCAACUAGAGGUCUUGAAUUUCUUAAGAAUUAUCUUGAACAAAGAGUUUGGAAGAAUGAAAAUUAUAUAAAUCAUUUUGAACCUGAUACUGAAAGUGAUGAUAAAACUGAUGGAAUUAUAACACAAACUGUUAAUACUAAGAAAACUAAUAUUCCAUCAAGUUUAGUUAAAAACUUCAUAAGAUUAGUAUUAUGUUUCAUACCUGAAAUGUUAGGUUUUGCUUUAAUGUUGGCAGCUAUGUCAUUUACUCCAAUUUAUUUCUUUGCUGUAGUUGCAGGAUUAUCAAUUGGUAGAUUUGUAUUUGAAAGAUUAUCCGAUCGUUUAAAAUUAAGACCAGUAGCUAAUGGAUUUCAUUGUUGA